UUUGAUUUCACACUCGCUUCUUCUCUCUCAAGGGUGCUUCCUCUCUCGCCGACCCUCCCUCACACCGGCGCUGGUUCCUCCGCCGUGGGUUCUCCGCCGUGGGUUCUGCUUCUUCACUCGCUUAACUCGUUUCUUCAGGGGCGGGACACUCGCUUCCUGUUAUGCGACACACUCUACACUUCACUUUCCCCUCCAUUUUCCACACCACCAUUCUCCACCUUCACUGUGAGCUCCGAAAAUGUCCAUAGGCGAGCGUCGCUUAUCGUUACUGGGCGAGUUCAAACCCUUCGGCCUCAUAGCCGAAGCUCUCGACGGAAAACCCCCUGACACUGUAACUGACAAGUACGAUUACUUCCUUUUCGAUCCAGAAAUCGCUCGAGAUAGAGACGCUGAGGACGAUUGCGAUGAAGUUGCUUCCGCAUUGAACAAUCGCGGCGAUCACGAGCUUUUCAUCCGCGGGAAUCGGAUUAUAUGGUCGAUUGGCGCGAGAGUUUUUAAGCGAUUUACCUUGCCGCAUCCGAUCGUUAAGGUAUGCUGGUGUCAUCUGGGUCAUACAGCUGAAGCUCUUCUAUGUGUAUUACAAAAUAAAUGUUUGAUGAUCUAUAAUACAUCUGGUGAAAUAGUUUCACUUCCACUUCCUCGUACAAUCACAUCUAUAUGGCCUCUUCCGUUUGGUUUAUUACUCCAGCAGGAAGUUGAAGCAACUACACCAUCACGCAUUCCUUUUUCAUCUACAAGCCCUUUGUUUAGUGCCCGUGAUAUCUUGCUUAGUUCAUCUGGCCAUAUCCAAAAGGGUGAGGGAAGUUUAGUAUCCUCUCAUCUGAUCUUGAUGGAUCCACUGGAUGAAGAACAACCAACUUUUAUCCAAGAAAGAGGGAAAUUGAACGUUAUGAAGGAAUAUGAUGAAAAGACAAUUUGGACUAGUGAUCUGGUGCCGCUUAUGGCCUCCUAUAAUAAAGGAAAGAUGCAGCACUCUUUGUGGGUUGCAGAAAUUGUCAAUUAUAACUUUGAUGAGGCAGCCACAAGUUCAUUAAACAUAAAUCCCAUGGGUGUAUUGCCAAAACACUUAUCCUUCCGUAGAAUAUGGCAGGGAAAAGGUUCUCAAACAGCUGCUUGUAAGGUAUUUAUGGCCACUGAUGAUGAUACAGCUCCUAUCGUCUGCUUUUUUCAUCAAGAACAAAAAAAAAUGUUGUCUGUUAGCCUUCAGAGUGUCGAAAUAAAUAGUGAGAUUGUGUUUGAUGUUAAACCUGAUACGAGCUGGAUCAUAGCUGCAGUUGCAGCUUCACCUGUUACGGUCACUCGUCCAAGGGUCAAAGUCGGGCUACUUCCAUAUUCAGAUAUAUUGGUUUUGACUCCAGAAAAUGUUCUGCUUCUCUAUUCUGGGAAGCAAUGCCUAUGUAGAUAUGUGCUACCUUCUUGCUUAAAUAAAGAUAAGAUUUUGCAUGAUUGGAAGCUUCCCGAAACAUCCUCUGUUCCCAUGGACUUAAAGAUCACUGGCCUAGCUGAUGCUGUUGAAGGGCGUGUUAAUGUGGUAGUAAACAAUAGGCAGAUGUUUAGAUGCGCAUUGCGACAAAGCCCUUCAUCAUCAUUAGCUAAUGAUUGCAUCACAGCACUUGCUGAUGGACUCAGUUCUAGCUUCUACAGACAUUUUAUUGGUCUUCUCUGGAAAAAUGAUGACCCGGCUGAUUUGUCAGAAACUGAAUCUAGUGUUGAUUCAGAAUGGGGUUCUUUUUGUCAUGUAAUUAUGCAAAUCUGCGGAAAAUAUAAUAUUAUAUCUCAAAAACGUUCUGGUCCAGUGUCACACUCUGCUUGGGACUUCCUUCUCAGUAGCCAAUUUCAUAAUAACUUCUGCAAAGUAAAUUCCAUGUUCGGAGUAUCUUGUGCUGCGCCACUAAAUCAGCUGGAAUCGAAUCCCCCUAAGUCGUCCAUAGAUGGUAAACAAAGCUCUGAAAAACCAUUUUAUAAUGAACUGUUAAUGGAAAGUCUGGAAUCACUUCAUGCACUCUAUGAGAGCCUGAAACUGGAUAGUCUCCGCAAAAGGGACUUGGAGCUUCUAGCAAUUCUCUUAUGUAAUAUGGCUGAUUUUCUGGGUGAGAAUAACUACAUGGACCAUUAUAUUCGUGAUUUCCCUGGCCUCUGUAAAAAGUUUCAGAUGUCUGGAACCACCCUUUCCCUUAAAAUUUCUCCAAGUUUAUUCAGAUGGCUUGAGAACUGCUUGCAACAUGGAUGGAGCUGUGCUAAUAUUAGUGAUCUUCCAUCUUUAGUCCUUAAAGAUGGAUGUUCUGUGGUAAGUUUGGCACGGAAAAUAGUUUGCUUUUACAGUAUAUUAUCUGGUGCCAAUUUGCUCGGAAAGAAGCUUUCUUCUGGUGUUUACUGCAACAUCGCCACUGGAUCACAUUCUUCAAAAGAGGAGCUUACUAUGUUAGCGAUGGUUGGUGAAAGAUUUGGACUUCAACAGCUGGAUUCACUGCCUUCUGGUGUAUCUCUUCCACUUCGUCAUGCAUUAGAUAAGUGUCGAGAUUCUCCUCCCAAUAACUGGCCAGCAGCUGCCUAUGUCCUUCUUGGUCGCCAAGAUUUGGCAAUGUCAACUUUGGCACGUGAAUGCAAUUAUAAAGAUAUUGAAACACCAACCAAUGUUAAUGUAAUCUCUAUGUCCACACCUUAUAUGCUAAAUCUGCAUCCAGUGUCUUCUACUAUUUCUGAUGCAAUUGGAUUCGAAGGAACAAAGUUUGAGGACACAGAUUCAGUUGAUGGGUCUACGACGGAUGGUAUGGAACAUAUUUUCAACUCUAGUACACAGUUGCGCUAUGGUCGUGAUCUAAGAUUGAACGAGGUUAGACGUCUUUUGUGCUCUUCAAGACCUGUGGCAAUUCAAACAUCUGUUAACCAUAGUGCUUCUGAUCAGGACCUCCAGCAGGCUCAAUUGUGGCACCUUGCCCAAAGAACCACUUCACUUCCUCUUGGACGUGGAGCAUUUACUCUCGCAACCAUACAUACACUCCUGACUGAGGCUUUUAUUGUGCCGAAGCUUGUAUUAGCGGGUCGGUUGCCGGCCCAACAGAAUGCAACCGUUAAUCUCGAUCCCAACAUCAGGAACAUACAAGAACUAAGGUCUUGGCCUGAGUUUCAUAAUGCUGUUGCUGCAGGCCUUAGACUAGCCCCCUUUCAGGGAAGGAUGUCAAGAACAUGGAUAAUUUAUAAUAAACCCGAGGAGCCAAAUUCUGUUCAUGCCGGACUACUUCUUGCUCUAGGAGUGCAUGGAUAUCUGCGUGUAUUGACUAUUACGGACAUUUACCAGUAUUUAUAUCAGGAGCAUGAAAGUACUACUGUAGGAUUGAUGCUUGGCCUCGCAGCUUCUUAUAGAGGCACUAUGCAACCAACUAUAUCAAAGAGUCUUUGUGUUCAUAUUCCUGUACGUCAUCCAUCAUCCUAUCCAGAAUUGGAGGUUCCAACCUUGCUUCAGUCUGCAGCUUUAAUGUCUCUGGGUAUUCUUUAUGAAGGUUCAGCUAACCCACAAACAAUGCAGGUUUUAUUGGGUGAAAUUGGGCGCCGAAGUGGGGGUGACAAUGUUCUUGAGCGAGAGGGUCAUGCUGUUUCCGCGGGAUUUGCUCUGGGUCUUGUUGCACUGGGACGGGGAGAAGAUGCACUUGGCUUUAUUGAGACAUGUGUGAAUCGUCUGUUUCUCUACCUUGGUGGCAAUGUUCACAGUGAGAAAUCUCAUUUUUCGACAAUCUCAAUGGACGAAAAUCGUGGUUCUGCGCAGAUGAUGGAUGGUACAACAGUCAAUAUUGACGUCACUGCACCUGGAGCCACAAUUGCUCUUGCUUUGAUGUUUUUAAAGACAGAAUCUGAGGCUAUCGUGUCUAGGCUCUCAAUUCCAAGCACACGUUUUGAUUUGCAAUAUGUACGGCCUGACUUCAUAAUGCUUCGAGUCAUUGCUCGAAAUUUAAUAAUGUGGAGCAGGGUUCAUCCCUCAAAAGAUUGGGUUUGGUCCCAAAUUCCUGAAAUUGUGAGAUGUGGUGUAGAAGGCCUUGAAGGUGAUGACAAUGAUAUUGACGAUAUGGACGCUGAGGCUUUUAUACAAGCCUAUGUUAAUAUAGUAGCUGGAGCUUGUAUAUCUCUUGGACUGGUUUUUGCUGGCACAAGAAAUGGAGACGCCCAGGAAUUGCUUUAUGAAUUUGCUAUAUACUUUCUCAAUGAGAUCAAGCCCGUUUCCCCUACAAGUGGAAAGUUUUUGCCAAAGGGACUGUCUCGCUACAUUGAUCGGGGCACAUUGGAGACAUGCCUUCACCUUAUCGUUCUUUCACUAUCGGUGGUUAUGGCUGGAUCUGGACAUUUACAGACCUUUCGGCUGUUGAGAUUCCUUAGGAGCAGAAAUUGUGCAGAUGGGCAGUCAAGUUAUGGUAUUCAAAUGGCAGUAAGCUUAGCUAUUGGUUUCUUAUAUCUUGGUGGUGGAAUGAGAACAUUUUCAACAAACCGUAGUUCCAUUGCUGCUUUGCUCAUUACUCUAUAUCCACGCUUGCCCACGGGUCCAAAUGAUAAUAGGUGCCACCUUCAGGCAUUUCGCCAUCUGUAUGUCCUUGCAACAGAGGCACGAUGGAUUCAGACAGUUGAUGUUGACACAGGUCUGCCUGUUUAUGCUCCUGUUGAGGUCACAGUCAGAGAAACUGAGCAUUAUGCAGAAUCAAACUUUUGUGAGGUCACCCCUUGCCUUCUGCCAGAACGAGAUAUUUUGAAAAGAAUACGUGUUUGCGGGCCUCGCUACUGGCCUCAAGUUAUAGACUUUACCCCUGAUGAUAAACCUUGGUGGAAUUUCGGUGACAAUAAUAAUCCGUUUAAUUCUGGUAUUCUUUUUAUCAAAAGAAAAGUUGGAGCUUGUUCAUAUGUUGAUGAUCCCAUUGGGUGCCAGUCACUACUGUCACGAGCAAUGCACAAGGUGUUUGGCCUGACAAGUUCAAAACCAUCUGAUACAAUCACUGACAUCCAUAGUGUAUCUGGUUCUAUCUCAGUUGAUCAGUUAGUCAGUACCUUCUCAUCUGAUCCUAGUUUGAUUGCUUUUGCACAACUAUGCUGUGAUCCCUCUUGGAAUAAUAGAUCUGAUGUUGAUUUCAAGGAAUUUUGCUUGCAAGUAUUAUUUGAGUGUGUGAGCAAGGACAGACCAGCUCUUUUACAGGUAUAUUUAUCAUUAUACACAACGGUUGAAUCAAUGGUUGAUCAAAUUGCUACUGCUGCCAUUGUUUGUGGUGACUCUCUCUCUAUAUCUGGUUUUAAGCUUUCGCUGACUUAUAUCGAGGCAUUGAUGUCCGGAAAAUUAUCUUCACCAAAAGGCGGUAUUGUACAAUCAGCGUUCAUUGGUUCUCUUAGGAAGAAAGUGGAAGAGCUCCUAAAUUGCUCUCAGGAAUUGAAGGAUGAUUUUCAUACAUAUUUGAAAUUGGGAAAAUGGCCUGAUGGGGAAUCCCAAGAUAAACGUUCGAUUCUUCUUUCUUGCUAUCUUCAGUGGUUUGACGUACCAGCUUCAUCCGUAAUCAGGCUAGCUAUAGAUCGAGUCAAACCUAAGCUUAUGUCAUCAUCUUCAGUUCCCUUGUUGCGUCUGUGUUUUCCAAGAACUCAUAUCAAUGUUAUUAGCGAGAUAGAUAGAUGUUUGAGAUGAUUGUACUCAGCUUUGAAUUGUUGAUUUUACAAAUACAUAUGUGCAGUAGUCUUCACAUCACUGUAUCUGGCAAAGUGUUUGUACUUAUAAAUUAUUGUAAAAAUCUGUUGUAUUUAUAUUCAGUCAUGUUAUUUUUUA